AUGGCUUCACUUGCAGCUGACGCCGUCCGCACCGGCGCCCCUCUCAUACCAAGAACCGUGCGGUCCUUGCCGACGACCUUUUCGGCCGCCAGGGCUGGAAACUCUAUUCAAUCCCACAGGACCAUGCCGCCAGGUUUCUCAGCCACCGUAGGGCAUCUGGAAACAUUUGUCCUUCCCGAAAGGCUGUCAACAUCUCCUUCUGACAAGGCCUUGGCCAAGGCCAUGGUCGAUGCCUGGAGACGGCAUGGCAUUCUACAAAUCGCCAUGUCGCCCUCGCAGCAGAGAAUAUAUGCCCAGGCCAACGCGGCUAGUAGAGAGUUUUUCGGGAAAACGCCGACGCAGAAGCAGGCCUGUGUAAAUGAGUCCAGUUAUGCGGGCUAUGUUGCCUCUGGAGAAGAAAUAACCGGUGGCAUUGCCGACUAUUCCGAGAUUUUUACCGUGACAAAGGACCUACUCCCGAAUGACCCAAGGGUCAUGGAGAAGUGGCCGUGUCAUGGUCCAUGUCCCUGGCCAGACAAGCAGAUGAAGGACCCCAUGGCCAACUACAUGGCAGACAUGGGGUCCAGCGGCGACAAGCUUCUCCGGCUCGUCGAAUUGGGACUCGAUGUGCCGCGGGGAUCCUUGAUAAAGUACACUCAGGAUGGGUGGCAUCACAUGAGAGUCCUCAGGUUCCCUGCUAGUCACCGGACCAAUGGGGAAGGCAAGGCUGGCCGUGGUAUUGGAUCUCAUACAGACUAUGGAUUGCUAGUAAUAGCAUCUCAAGACGAGGUUGGAGGUCUUUUUGUGCGACCUCCCCGGCAAGGCGAAACAUUUGCCAAUUGGCGGCAAGGUGCAGCUGGCCUGAAGGAAGAUGAGGCAGGUUGGAUGUAUGUGCCACCGACGCCGGGCGUAUUCACUGCAUUUCCUGGAGAUAUGAUGCAGUAUAUGACCAACAGCUUUCUUCAGUCCACGCCCCACAAGGUCGGUCUGAAUGUUCGUGAGCGCUUCGCGUUUGCCUACUUUCACGAGCCGAACUUUCGGGCAGUCGUCAAGCCGCUGCCCGGGUACAACGGUGCUCAAGAACCGGCUGAUGACUGUCUUAUUACUCAGAGCAAGUCGUUUAUGAUGGAUGUUGAGAAUGUGUACCCUAUAGAGCUGCGCCACACGGGCCACGUUGUGACACCAUUUCUGCAUAUCUCUGUGCUUGAGGAGCCUGAUCAAAUGUCAGCAACUUCAUCGUCAAAGUGA